UGUACUUCCCUGUACCUUCCCCAUUUUAUCUCACUUGCUUCACACACAAAUGCUAUUUUUUCAGCCUGGUGUCUCUCAGAACAAGCUUAGAAGUCGAAAGACCUAAGGGAAGAGGAGAACAGGGGAGGCAGAGAACAGACUGAGGACAGCCCAUCCCACUUCCGCCACUUGCCUGAUUGAGGGAAAGGACAACGUAAGACCAGAGCUCAACAUUCAGACAAACAUCUCUGAACCAACACCAGGGAAGCCUUCCUCAACAACGUACAUAAUCCAGGGAAAGGCACCGACAGCAGAAACCUGGUGGAAAUGAACAGGAACUCUGCUACGAUGAGAUUUUGCUUCUUCAUCCUCACUUUUUGCCAUGGGAUACUCGGUGACGUUCUUCAGCUAGACAAAAUGUACGGGAGGAUCACAUCUCCAGACUUCCCGAACGUCUAUCCUAACAGCAAGGAGAGGAUAUGGAAUAUCACCCUGCCUCAGGGCUACACUAUCCACAUCUACUUUACUCACUUCAACGUUGAGCUCUCUUAUCAGUGUGAAUACGACUACGUCAAACUGCAUUCAGGAGGAAAGGUCGUGGCCACUCUUUGCGGGCAUGAGAGCACUGACACCGAAGAGGCCCCUGGGAAAAAGAUAUACCGCUCCAUUGAUAACAACUUAGCAGUUACUUUCAGAUCGGAUUACUCCAAUGAGAAACAGUUCACGGGCUUUGAGGCUUUCUACGCUGCUGAUGACAUUGAUGAGUGUGAACAGCAGCUUGACGGCGAGUCGCCUUGUGACCACUACUGUCACAAUUACCUGGGCGGCUUUUAUUGCAGUUGCCGAAUUGGCUACCUCCUGCACAGGGACAAGAAGACUUGCAAAGCGCACUGUCCGAAUAAGGUGUUGACAGCAAGAACUGGAGAGAUCUCCAGCCCCGAUUACCCCAACCCGUAUCCUAAAGUCUCCGAGUGCAACUAUGGCAUCCGGGUAGAAGGAGGUUUCACGGUCAUCCUAGAGUUUGUGGGAACCUUUGACGUAGAAGCCCAUCCAGAAGUACUGUGUCCCUAUGACAUCCUGAAGAUUAAGACGCCCAAUAAAGAAUUUGGUCCAUUCUGCGGCAACACCCCACCUCCCAAAAUAGAAACGCGCAGCAAUGCUGUAGAUAUCAAGUUCAUCACGGACCUGUCUGGUGCUCAUGCUGGAUGGAAGCUCAGAUAUGAAACAACAGCUUUGCCAUGUCCCAGCCCUCAAGCACCACCCAAUGGUCGGAUCUCUCCAGUGCAGGCAAAAUACAUUAUGAAAGACUUCUACAGCCUCUCCUGCAACGUGGGCUACGUACUUUUGGAAAACAAACUGAUCGUGGCAUCUUUCAAAGCAGUCUGCCAGAGGGAUGGCACCUGGAACAAGCCAAUGGCCCAGUGCACCAUUGUCGACUGUGGCCCUGCUAAUGACAUAGCGAACGGCACACUCGUGUAUGUCACCCGAAGAGAUAUUUCCACAUACCAAGCCAAGAUUAAAUAUAACUGUGAGAGCCCCUUCUAUGCCCUGAAAGCGGGCCACUCUGGUAACUACCAGUGUGCCCCUGAUGGUUUCUGGAGGGAUCACAAGGGGAACAAAGCACCUCCGGUCUGUGAGCCAGUCUGCGGAGUCCAAACUUCUAAUACUUUGAAGCGCAUCUUUGGGGGGCAGAAGGCUCUGCCCGGCCAAUUCCCUUGGCAGGUUUUAAUCACUGACGCACAGGGAACAACGGGAGGCGGAGCCCUUUUAUACGAUAACUGGAUCUUAACGGCCGCUCACGUCCUCAGCAGCCCAGCCGACGCAUCCUCCCUGACCUUGAAACUGGGGAUCCUAAACAAACGCUCCCCACAUUACCACCAAGCCUGGGCAGAAUCAGCUUUUGUCCACAGAGGCUUUGCAAAUGACGGCAUCAACUUUGACAAUGACAUCGCUUUGAUCAAACUGAAACACAAAGUUCCCAUUAGCAAAAACAUCACUCCGAUCUGCUUGCCGGGAUAUAAACCCAGCUUCCGCGUGAACACAAACAACACAGGAAUAAUUUCCGGCUGGGGAAAAACAGAGCGAUCCCGGCAGUCCCGUUUCUUGUUGUAUACUGAGGUAGACGUUGUUGAACCUAACAAGUGUAAAGCUGCGUAUGCAAGCCGUACUUUGGAGGGAAAGCCACUCACGCUAACAGAAAAUAUGCUCUGUGCAGGAACGGAGGAGGGGGGGAAGGACUCUUGCUAUGGGGACAGCGGUGGAGCCUUGGUGUUCCGUGAUACUGAGACCAAGAGAUGGUUUGUGGGUGGUGUGGUCUCCUGGGGUCUGGAAUGUGGCUCUGCUGAGCUCUACGGGGUAUAUACUAAGGCGGCCAAUUACGUGUCAUGGAUUGAGGCCCUAAUUGCACACCAUUCUUGAUUGGGUUUUGUUGUGUUUUUCAAUAAAACAAAGCAUAG